UAUAAAGACGUGUGCGCAGUUGCUAUUUAACCAAGUUUUCGCAAUAGAGGAGAUUAAGCGGGUUGUGGAUAUGGAAGACGAGAAAAAGGAGAAGAGAAGGAUGUGGAAGAAGGAAAAUGGUAUAACUGACCAACGUUCUCCCUUCACCCCCACGGUUCCUUUCCCUCUAUGUUCCCUUCCCUCUACUAUGUUCCCUACACCCUACUAUGUUCCCUUCCCUCUACUAUGUUCCCUACACCCUACUAUCUUCCCUACACUCUACUACGUCCCCUUCACUCUACUAUGUUCCCUUCCUUCUACUAUGUUCCCUACACCCUACUACGUCCUCUCCACCCUACUACGUCCCCUCCACCCUUUUUUAUUGUUCCUCUCCCUCUAGCGCUUUGCAACCAAUUCAUCUCCGAAACACAACUUUUCUUGCCCGCAAAGGCUUCAUCUCUCUCCUCGGACACCAGUCGGCUUUUCUUCUUGUUUUUACUCAUU